AUGAAUGAAGUUGGACACCCUGUUGUGGGCCCACGGCUGGAUGAGGAAACUGAAGGCUACCAUUCUGAUGAGGGACACAGUAGUGAUGAAGAUGAUGCCGAUGGCCACGAUGACCACGAAGAAGCACAAGAAGAGGGAGAAGAUAUCGAAGAUGAAGAUACCCUCCCUCCUGUGUUGGGCCCGUUCCAUCCUGCUCGUAUGGAACUUUCCACUGAAGUUUCUGAAUGGGCGAUGGAGAUCAAGACUGCUAUGAAGCAGAGUCCUGAAGUGGAUUGCCCCAAUGAUUAUUGGAUUGCCCAAUGGGCCAUCGUUGAAGACAACUUGGAUUGUGCCAUCAACAGAGCUGUGCAGAUGCAGCAUUACCGAGAGGCUUAUGAUAUUUCAGAUACCUACCAGUUUGGCAGCAAGUGUUUGAUGGACGUGAUGGACCUCUUUCCUGGACUCUUGCUGAGCUUCUCCUUCAACCAUCUGGAUGGAAACUAUGCCAUUGUAGAAGACCUGGCCAAGUUUGACAUAAGCGCCUUACGUGACCCUGUCAAGGGCAAGGUUUGGAUGCGCGCUGCCUACUUUCUGCAACACUGCCUCUGCUGCGACUUUGAGGCCAUCCUUCGUGGAAUUAUCAUCAUACAUGAAUUUGACUCCUUUGACUGGAAAAAGAACAUAGACCUCAAGGCUCUUCGGCAACUCUGGACAGAACUGUCUUUAGACUAUCCAAUGAAAGUCCACAGGUUUCUGAACUAUCAUUGUGGUUUCUUUGCAAACUUGACAGUCUCCAUGGCCAAGCAAUUUCUUCCCCGUGAAAUUUCCGACAAGUUCGUAAUGGGACUUCAAAUGGAGGGACGGCUGGAUACAAUCUACAACGUGCCCAAUGCUGAAAUAGCGCAACAACGGGUCCUGGCUCGCCUGCAAGACGCACUGAAGCGACGAUACCAUCAUGAGGCAACGUUUACUCUGCCAAGUGGGACGGGCAUUCCCACAGUGUAA